UUUUUUUCCUGUUCAUCCUGGUUUCGAAAAUCUUUCAAUGAAAUGAACAACAUUAAUUUACAACAACAACAAGAUGUAAAUAAUCAUACAAAAAAUAUUAAUGAAUCAUUCGAAAUCACCUUGAGAAAUGGUGUGACAAUGCCAAUGAUUGGUCUUGGAACAUCACACAGUGGUGGAUAUUCACAUUCAUGUGUUGUUUAUGCAUUACAAAAAUGUGGUUAUAGAUUAAUCGAUACGGCUAAACGAUAUGGAACUGAAGAAUUUUUAAAAUAUGCAAUCAAAGAAAGUAAUAUUGAUCGAAAGGAAUUAUUUUUAACAACAAAAUUAUGGCCUAUUGAUUGUGGAUUUGAAUCAACAAAACAAGCAUUUCGUGGAUCACUUCAAAGACUUGGUGUAGAUUAUUUAGAUCUAUUUCUUAUACAUUAUCCUGAAGUAUCAUCAAAAUGUCAUAAUAAAUGGGAAACAUUAGGCGAAACAUGGCGUGCAUUUGAAUGCUUAUAUGAUGAAGGUCUUAUUCGUGCUAUUGGUGUUUCAAAUUAUAAAAUUGAUGAUAUUGAACGACAAUAUGAAUAUGGUUCAAUGAAACCAUUUGUUAAUCAAAUUGAAUUCCAUCCAUAUCAUUAUCCAAAAGAUAUUAUUGAAUAUUGUUAUGAAAAUCAAAUUCAAAUUCAAGGAUAUUGUCCUUUAGGUAUGGGAAAUUUAAUCAAUGAAAAACAAGUAAAAAAUAUAGCAAAAUCGAUUGGAAAAACAUCGGCUCAAGUUUUAAUACGUUGGUCAUUACAGCAUAAUGUACCUACCAUUCCAAAAUCAACAAAACCAGAACGUGUUAAAGAAAAUAUAUCAGUUUUUGAUUUCAAUCUUAAUGAUGAACAAAUGAAAAUACUCGAUUCAUUUAAUAAAAAAAUCAAAUAUCAAGAUGUUAGUACUAUACGAGAAAAAAUUGAUCAAAAUCUUCCAGAUGGUUAUAAAUUGGAUAAAAAUCUUCGUGAAAGAUUAUUAGAAAGUUAG